ACCACGAGGGUUAUGGCUGUGACACUGAGAUUAACGAAUACUUUUGCAAAUUCCAGUCACCCUUUAACGUCGUCCGUACUGUUCCGAGUAAGCAAAUCGAUCGGCAACAAGACAGCAUCAUCAUUAUCAGUCAGGACGGUAAAAAUGGCGACUUUUGCUGGGUCUGACUCUGAAACGACACCGUCUACUACCUCGAGGGUCAUCGAUUCUCAUCUCCACAUUUGGGCUUCUCCUCAAGAGGCAGCGACAUAUCCUUAUUUCCCAGGCCAAGAACCUACUUUGACUGGUGAUGUCGAUUUCUUGCUCAAGAAUAUGGAAGAGGCAAGAGUAGAUGGAGCUCUUAUUGUGCAACCCAUCAAUCACAAGUUUGAUCAUUCUUUAGUGACAAGUGUUCUGAAGAAAUACCCGUCGAAGUUUGUUGGUUGUUGCCUUGCUAAUCCCGCAGAAGAUGGCACUGGAGUUAAGGACCUUGAGAAUCUUGUUUUAGAGAGUAAUUAUCGUGCUGUUCGGUUUAAUCCCUAUUUGUGGCCAUCCGGUCAGAAGAUGACAAAUGCUGUUGGCAAAGCCUUGUUCUCUAAAGCAGGGGAGCUUGGUGUGCCUGUUGGCUUCAUGUGCAUGAAGGGUCUGGAUCUGCACAUUGCAGAAAUUGAGGAACUGUGCACAGAAUUUCCAAAGACAACUGUUUUACUAGAUCACGCUGGAUUCUGCAAAGUACCAGAAAAUGGUGAUGCAAAGCUUGCUUAUACUCAACUCAUGAAGCUCUCUAAAUUCCCACAGGUAUAUGUAAAAUUCAGUGCUCUAUUCAGGAUCUCAAGAACAGGUUUCCCUUAUCAGGACCUAGCACCCCUCCUAUCUCAACUUGUGUCCCAGUUUGGGGCAAAUCGUGUCAUGUGGGGCAGUGACUUCCCAUUUGUUGUUCUUGAAUGUGGAUACAAAGAAGCCAAAGAAGCUGUGACUAUUAUCGCAAAAGAAGCAUCCUUGUCAAGUUCUGAGAUGGACUGGAUUCUAGGAAAGACUCUGAUGCAGCUCUUCCCUGGACAAUGGUUUCUUCCUUGAGAGGUUUGUCAGGAGUAACAGGUUGCAUGAGGGUGAGAUAACGAAGCAAGUAAUGGAAGUUAUAUCAUUGCAGAAGCUUAACUAUUACUUGAUGUAUACCAAUUUAGUAAAUCGAUAUAACUUUGAUGUUGGUUGAUAUCUAAUGAUUAAUCGAGGGAUGAUAAAGGCCUGGAUGUUGAUGUCUAAUAUUAGGAGUGCUCGUCGAAAAUGUCUUCCACAUUGGGUGAA